UGUGUAUUGUACAGGUCACAGAGCUCAGGAGUAGUCAGUAUCAGCUGCCAGCAGGGGCAGACUGACAACUCAUGGGGCCCCCGGGCAUUAGGGGAUCAUGGGGCCCCUGUGUCCUUGCCCAAACUCAAAAAAGCCUAUGAUAAAGGUACCAUGGGCAUCUCAUGGGGUCCCCUACUGACCCUGGGCCCUCAGGCAGUGCCCGAGUUUCCAAAUGGCCAGUCCGCCCCUGGCUGCCAGCAUGUAUAGACAUCAGUGAUUCCUCCCUCAAGCAAGAUGGCCCCUGGAGUGC